AUGAACAUUGACGGCUCCGCCAGAGGGAACCCAGGUAAGUUAGGUGGCCGAGGCCUUGCGAGAGAUGAUAAUGGGAAGUUUCUUUUCGCUUUUGCUUCUGGCUAUGGGUGGGGAUCCAACAACAGAGUGGAAUUGAGAGCGGCAUAUGACGGCCUUCUUUUGUCUCUCAACAAGGGGUUCCGCCAGAUCCAGCUAGAAUCGGAUUCGAAGUUGGUUAUCGACCUCCUUUCUGGGAGAUCUUCUCCCUCGUGGCAAGGGAGACCGUGGGUUGCUAGGAUUAAGAACCUCAUGAAUAGAGGUAACUUAUCUCUCAGUUUCAUCCACCGCGAGGGUAACAGCCCGGCCAAUGGUUUGGCUCACUGGGGUGGUGAGCUGCAAGAGUCUCGAGUUAUUGAUCGUUUCGAGGACCUUCCUGCUUCCAUUAGAGGUUUGAUUUUCCUGGAUUGGGUGGGCCUAGGGGCCGUUAGGGCCGUUAGUGAGUCUGCAUAG